AGAGCUGCAGCUGGUGUUUGGCUUGAUGACGCGGGACCAGGUGGAGGAAAAUCUCCGUACAGAGCAGGAGGAGGAGGAGGAGGAGGAGGGAGCGAGGGGAGGUGCUCGCAGAAAUACACAGAGGCAGGCAGUGAACGCAACACUCCGCUGACAGCUCACCGACAAGCGGCGCGGCGGCUCCCUCCCUUCACCGGGGGAUUUCCACCCGGACUACCGGCUGCAUCGACCGGCUGCCUGGCUGGUCCUGGUCCCGGUGUGGUCCUAUAUGUUCGAGGAGUUUGUUUUCUUGGUGGUUUCAAAGCAGCAGCAGGCGGAUUAUUCACUUUAGAGGUUGACAGAAGGCGUCAGGAUGCUGUGGCUGCUGAUCUGUCUGUUUCCUCCCGUAUCCUGCAGCAGAAUCGUCCAGGACGUCGUCUAUAAAGACAGACACAGCCGUGUGGAGGUUGCCGCGACAACAAGGCCUCACAUCUAUUUCUGCCGCUCGCCCAACAUGGAGGACUUCACCUGCUGGUGGCAUCCGCUCGACAACCUGACGGACGGCGAGCGGGUCACCUACGUCUUCAGCUACACCAAAGAUAAGGGCCCCAAACAUGAAUGUCCAGACUACGUGAGCGCCGGCCCCAACAGCUGCCACUUUGACAGCAGCCACACAACCAUCUGGAUGAUCUACUGUAUGAACGUGACCGCCGUCACCGCCCGGAGGAACUACACCUCCCAGGAGCACUGCCUGGACGUGGCAGAGAUCGUUCAGACGGAAGCGCCGGUCAACCUGACCUACGAGCUGAAGGACGCCGGCGGCGACGAGAUGGGCCACAACGCACUGCUGUCCUGGACGUACCCGGUGCCCUCCGACCUGCAGUACGGGUGGAUCACGCUGGUGUACGAGCUGCAGUACAGACGCGUUACGGAGGCCGACAACUGGAAGGUGAAACACCCCCUGCCGGACCCUCACGUGGAGCUGCUCGGCCUCCCCGUGGGCGACUACGUGGUCCGAGUUCGCUGCCGGUCGCAUAACUACGGCCUGUGGAGCAAAUGGAGCUCCACGCUGCUGAUGAGCAUCCCCGCCAGGCCGCCUGCAGGUAAACUGCUGCUGCGGAUUCUCAUGUCGGGAGUCGGCGUCGUGGCUCUGGUGGUUAUCAUCUUUGGUAUUAUCCUGCAGAGCAAGAGAAUAAAAGCGUAUUUCCUGCCACCCAUUCCAAAACCCCGGAUCAUGGGCAUCGACCCGCUGCUCCUGAAGAAGGGGAACCUGGAUGAAAUCAAUCACCACUUCAGCAACUUUCACAGCUACAGACCUCCGAGCUACACCGAGGAGGUUUGGCACCAUGUCAGCACUGACGAUACCUAUCACACCACACCGAAGGACUGCAGCGUCCCAGCCGACCCGACAGACAGGGAGAAGGACGCGUUAAUGGUUCCAUGUGACGUGACGCCGGCGGCCGCCCAGCAGUUCACACUCCAAAACCCGAAAGCGUACAUGCAGAGCCUGCCGCCCUACUGCUCCUUGCCUGCUGAAGCCUCCACCCCGUCACCGGACGUGCCUUCCCUGUGGCCGAGGCCAGAGAUAAUGACGCUGCCGGGGUCGGAGUACAGUGUGAUGGGACAUCCCAACCUUCCCAACGCCGUCCCAGCUCCUGACCCCACCACUGUCGCAACCAACCGCUCGCCACAGGACUUCUACACCUGCGUCCAGCUCAUGAAUGAAACCGGUGAGGUGCAUCUGGUGCAGUGCCUGCCGCAGGCGUACUGCCGGGAGUUCUCGUCGCAACAGAAGGUCGAUUUAGAUGAAGAGGAGGAGAAGAAGAAGAAGAAGGCCAACUACCAGGUCAGGGUGAACGAUUGCGGCGACGUUGAGAGGAGCGAGGCGGCUGACCCUCUGCUGCCUGUUGCUGUCAACACCCUGGGCUGAACAGAGGUCGACAAAUACUGUGAAAACUAGUGAAUGUGCUGAAUCAUGGAGACUGUUGCCAUGUUCAAAGUAAGAACCUGACUUGACCUGAGCAGGAGGUGAAACCACAGGACAUCAGCCUUUUUUUAUCUCUCAGAAGUGCAAACCUCACAUUGAAAACACGUCAACAAACCGACAACGCAGGCUCUACAUCGCUGUGUUUAGAUCACCAACACAUUUUUCUUUUCUUUCUUUCUUCUGAACCUCCCUCUGCUCACCUGCCCAGAAACCGGAUGUUGUUCAGCUACUUUCAAGUAAAGAUCAACAUUCGUCCUCAUCCAGAGGACCUGUCGAAGAGUUUAACACAUGAUUUAUGGGUAAAGGAGUCCAUCACACCUGAGAGAGAAAGUUGCCUCGUGCUGCUUUAAUGCAAGCAACAAGAUAACAUAAAAACCACAUCACUACAUGCUGCUUCUCCCGUCUCUACGAAGCUUCACGUCAGGAGGUUUUUUUUUCUGGAAAAACGGUGCAAUGCCAUUCGAUGUCUUUGGGUUGUUUCAGCUCUGGACAAAAGAUUGUGACUGUGAAGAGUGUGUGAGAUUUCUGUUCAUCACACUCAGGAAGUUCAAGAAACUUCUACCGCUGCUCAAAUAUACUUCAUAUGUCAGGCACCCCCUCUCUGACCAUUAUUUAGAAAGUAUAUCAUAUUUUUUUUAUGAUAGAUCAUGUUUAACAACACUUAACACUAGUGUUGUAGGUAGUGUCAAGUCAUGUGAGUAAAAAGAACGUUUGGAAUUCACCAUUCGGCCAACAAGCCCAGCAACUUCUCCUGUCCUUGGAUUUCUGAGGCGUCAAUGGAGGAAAAACCAACCGUGUACUGACAUGGCCAUCUUCUUUUGGCUGGUCUUUGAUGCCACUGUGUUCUUGUAUCUGUCCAUCCAUUUAUCAGUUCACUGCUAUCCAUCAAGCUCCAGGUUGUGGUGGCUAAGCAAUGUAGCUUGGACUUCCUUUCUCUGCGAUGAUGCCAAGGCUUUACCAGGCGUAAUCCCUUUUCCUUGAAAAUCCAGGAGAUGUCAAGGAGACAGCUUGUUCAACUCCUCGCUAAGCCUAAAGAACCUGUGAGUCCGCCCACUUUGGCCUGUCACCGCAGUCUUUUCGUUACAACCUAAAGUUCAUGAAGACAAAUGAAGGCUGUGAAUUGUACAGCUCUACUGCUAUUGGUGCACUAGAAAGGAAACUCCAGUAUAUUCCUACCUGGUCUAUUUCCCAUGAAGUUAAUGUCUUUUCUGUGCAGCCACUUUCUGUGUUUAAUCUCAGGCAAGAUUUUAAAAUGAUUCAUGGAAAAAUUAUAUAUAUAAGGCCCGUUUUGGUGGUUAUUUUUUGCAAGACAAUGCACCUAAUCUUCCUGAGUGCAAAAUUAGCAUGACUCAUAGUCUCUGCCAGGUUGAAAUAUACUGUAAUUCCCCUUUUUGUUUUUAAUAGUUGGGGUCAUUCAUACUGGAGAAAGAUGGAGCAUGAACAGUGCUUGUUUUGUGUGGUUCGCUUUGAGGCACUUGGUUUGUUGCCCUGGGAAUGUAAAACCCCACAAAUCAACCAUUUUCCUCCAGGCCUCAUUAUGCUUAAAAUGAAGUCCUUGUUGUUCUUGUUGCCUAAUAGAGUGUGAAACUCCCUGUCCGACUUUGCAAUUGUGGUGGUUUUGCAACAUUGCAAAACAAAGUGAGGGCAACACCUUAAUUUCUCAUUGUGUUGACCCAACAAAGACUCUAAAGAGAGAUCUCGGUGAGAGUUUGGAUGUGAAGCUUUCGUCACACAGAACAGGCAUAAACUUUCAUCUAGAUGUGGUUGGACAAUCUGUUGUACCAACAAGGUCAUUUCAAACUUACUCAACCCUUUACCACAACCUUGAAUCGAGAUGCACAGAUGCUUGAACCUCUUCGUUUGAGAUCCUGACCUUUAUCCCGACCCUACGCAUUCUACUGCAAACUGCCUCGAUGUUUUCCGGUCUAUUUGUUUGUUGUGCUCCAGGUCUCCAACUGGAAACUAGAAAACUUGACAGCUCUGCGUAUCUUCCUGCGGUAAACCUGACAGAUUACCGCUAAAAACACUAAUGGUAAUAUCACUAAGCACCAAAGAGGAGCCACUAGCAUUUGACGAAUUAGACAAUUUUCUACUAUUGAGACAUCCUGUAACCACAGCGUUGACGUACCUCCAAGUAGAGGAGUAUUCUUAAAAUGACUUGCGUCCUUGUGGUCUUACUACUGUAGGUGUGUACCUGUACCAUGUGACCUGUUUAACAAAUCGCUCACAGGUGGAUCGGGGUGUCAAUCAGGGAUCACUUGAAAGAACAUGGACCACUUACUAUAACAUACUUGUUAUUGUAUGCUGAUGACACCGCCCACAGCACUUUCUUUUGGGGGAAUUCAGACAGCAGUUAUUAUUGUGCUGUCAUUAUAGUUUUCUCAUAUAUGUUGCAGUGAGAAGUUGUGCUGUUUUAUCUAGUUUUGUUCCUGUAUGUGCCUUUUUUUUA